UUUUGUCUUUUCGUUUCUUUUUGCCCGAAAUGUUUAUCAUUCUCAGUGUUCUUCGAAUCUCAAAUGCUCCGAACUUUGAAUCCAGUCUAAGGUUCUCUUCUUUGGGGGCUCUGAUUCCAAUUUACGACCUGUAAAGCUGGAAACAACUGAUUGAGACGACACCAGAAGCUCAAAUCGAGGGUACUGCAGCUGGGUUCAACACAUUCAGCAAUCUAGAGAUAAGAUGGGACUUUGCUGUUCUAAGCCUCAGAACGAUGGAGAUGAUUCUGGUCCUGAUGUUGAAUUUGCUGGUGCAAAUGUGCACCUCAUCACUACCAAAGAAAGUUGGGAUGAGAAGCUGUCAGAAGCAAGGAGAGAUGGCAAGAUUGUGGUUGCAAAUUUCAGCGCAUCAUGGUGCGGUCCUUGUAGAGUGAUUGCACCAUUCUACUGCGAGCUGUCUGAGAAACACCCUUCUCUAAUGUUCCUAACCGUCGAUGUUGAUGAACUAAUUGAAUUGAGUACAUCAUGGGAUAUUAAGGCCACUCCAACCUUCUUCUUCCUUAGAGAUGGGCAACAAUUUGACAAACUCGUGGGAGCUAACAAGCCAGAACUACAGAAGAAGAUAACAGCCAUUCUAGAUUCUGCCGAGCCGUGUAAGAAAUAACUGCUUCGUGUGCUUUCCUUGUCAUGUAUGAGUAGCCAGGAUGGUGGUUCUUGUUGUUGUGGAGUAUCCCGAGUCUUAUAAAUAUACUUCGCCUUAAAUCGUAAAUUUGAUAAAUUUUAUUGUACAAUUAUUUUAUCCUUUCAAGAAUGACAAGAUCCAAAACCUGUGGACUGAUAUGUGCAGUUAAAUUAACUAGAACUUUCUUUUUUCGUCU